AUGAGUUUCAGUGGUAGUGAAAAGAUUUGGGAUGCCCUCGGAGCUGUUAUUGUGGCCACUGAGUGCAAUGACCAAGGAAUCCCACUAACACAUGGUUCUAUAAUGGAGUGCUAUGAUGUGGUGGGGAACCAAACUACAUACUGCCUGGCUCCUUCAGUUAACCUGAUCUUGGAGCAUGAUGACACAGGUGUAUCCACACACAACGAGCUACAGAACCGGGGUGAGGAUGAGGAGCAGUUCCAUCUGAAGAGAUGCCUCUCCAAAGGGAAGUACCUGUGUCUGACCACCAGCAUGGCCCCCUCCAUCUGCCAGCUCAAGAUGCAUGUGCAACUUCAGGAGCAUAUCGAAGUCACCUGCCAACACUGGUUGUUUCUCUCCGGCAAGCUGCUCACCAACAGAAUGCUCCUCCGGGACACCAAAAUCCAGAUGGACUUUGUAAUCCAGGUCCUUCUUACACAACCUGUCAUCCCCAACUGA